CGGGCGGAGCUACGCCAUGAACCCCAGGGGGCUGUUCCAGGACUUCAACCCGAGUAAGUUCCUCAUCUACGCCUGCCUCCUGCUCUUCUCGGUGCUGCUGCCCCUCCGCCUGGACGGCGUCAUCCAGUGGAGCUACUGGGCCGUCUUCGCCCCCAUAUGGCUGUGGAAGCUCCUGGUGGUCGCGGGGGCCUCGGUGGGUGCGGGCGUUUGGGCUCGCAACCCUCGCUACCGCACCGAGGGGGAGGCCGGCGUGGAGUUCAAAGCCAUGCUGAUCGCCGUGGGCAUCCACUUGCUGCUGCUCAUGUUCGAAGUCCUGGUCUGUGACCGCGUGGAGAGGGGCACCCACUUCUGGCUGCUGGUCUUCAUGCCGCUCUUCUUCGUUUCCCCGGUGUCCGUGGCCGCUUGCGUGUGGGGCUUUCGACAUGACAGGUCGCUAGAGCUGGAGAUCCUGUGCUCCGUCAAUAUCCUGCAGUUCAUCUUCAUCGCCCUGAGGCUGGACAGGAUUAUCCACUGGCCGUGGCUGGUGGUGUUCGUGCCCCUGUGGAUCCUCAUGUCCUUCCUUUGCCUGGUUGUCCUCUAUUACAUCGUCUGGUCCCUCCUGUUUCUGAGGUCCUUGGAUGUGGUUGCAGAGCAACGGAGAACACACGUGACCAUGGCCAUCAGCUGGAUCGCGAUUGUCGUGCCCCUGCUCACUUUCGAGGUCCUGCUGGUUCACAGAUUGGACAGCCACAAUACGUUCUCUUACAUCUCCAUAUUUGUCCCCCUUUGGCUGUCAUUAGUAACUUUGAUGGCCACAACGUUUAGACGAAAAGGAGGAAAUCAUUGGUGGUUUGGUAUUCGCAGAGAUUUCUGUCAGUUUCUGCUUGAAAUUUUCCCAUUUUUAAGAGAAUAUGGGAACAUUUCUUACGAUCUUCAUCAUGAAGACAGUGAAGAUGCUGAAGAAACAUCUGGGGCAGAAGCCCCAAAAAUUCCUCCAAUGUUUGGCAAGAAAGCCAGGGUAGUUGUAACACAGAGCCCUGGGAAGUAUGUUCCCCCACCUCCCAAGUUAAAUAUCGAUAUGCCAGACUAAACUGCCUUCCUCGCUGGGCCUUUGGUGAGAUAGAAACAACCUCUUACACCAACUCCACCUUGUUUUUCCCACUUUAUGCAUCC